AUGGAUAACUUCUUGGAGAAGCUUGAGGCUGCCGUGAACACUCAGAAUAAGACCUCUGAGCGAAAACUGGAUAACAUCUUGGAGAAGCUCACGGCGUCUGGGGGGAGUUCUUUUUCUGGGCCUGGAUCAACUCGAUGCUCUGGCAGAGUUGAAAUUUACCAAAAUAACGUCUGGGGAACAGUCUGUGAUGAUGGCUGGGACUUAAAUGAUGCUCACAUGGUCUGCAGACAAUUAAACUGUGGGUCGGCACUCGGGGCUCUUCAAUUAGCUCACUUCGGUCAAGGAACUGGACAGAUUUGGCUUGAUGAUGUGGGCUGUUCAGGAAAUGAAAGUUCUCUAACUACAUGUGUACACAAUGAAUUUGGAUCACACAACUGUGAUCACAGGGAGGAUGCUGGUGUCAUCUGUUCAGAUCCGAUCAGAUUAUCUGGACCUGGAUCAACUCGAUGCUCUGGCAGAGUUGAAGUUUAUCACAAUAACAGCUGGGGGACAGUCUGUGAUGAUGGCUGGGACUUAAAUGAUGCUCACGUGGUCUGCAGACAAUUAAACUGUGGGUCCUUAGCACUCGGGGCUCUUCAAUUAGCUCACUUCGGUCAAGGAACUGGACAGAUUUGGCUUGAUGAUGUGGGCUGUUCAGGAAAUGAAAGUUCACUAACUACAUGUGUACACAAUGAAUUUGGAUCACACAACUGUGAUCACAGGGAGGAUGCUGGUGUCAUCUGUUCAGAUCCGAUCAGAUUAUCUGGACCUGGAUCAACUCGAUGCUCUGGCAGAGUUGAAGUUUAUCACAAUAACAGCUGGGGGACAGUCUGUGAUGAUGGCUGGGACUUAAAUGAUGCUCACGUGGUCUGCAGACAAUUAAACUGUGGGUCAGCACUCGGGGCUCUUCAAUUAGCUCACUUCGGUCAAGGAACUGGACAGAUUUGGCUUGAUGAUGUGGGCUGUUCAGGAAAUGAAAGUUCACUAACUACAUGUGUACACAAUGAAUUUGGAUCACACAACUGUGAUCACAGGGAGGAUGCUGGUGUCAUCUGUUCAGAUCCGAUCAGAUUAUCUGGAUCUGGAUCAACUCAAUGCUCUGGCAGAGUUGAAGUUUAUCACAAUAACAGCUGGGGAACAGUCUGUGAUGAUGGCUGGGACUUAAAUGAUGCUGAGGUGGUUUGCAGACAGAUAAACUGUGGGUCUGCACUGGAAGUUCCUCAAUCAGCUCACUUUGGUGCAGGAACUGGACAGAUCUGGCUUGACAAUGUGACCUGUUCAGGAAAUGAAAGUUCUCUAACUGAGUGUCAACACAGUAGAUUUGGAUCAAACACAUGUGAACAUGGUCAUGAUGCUGCUGUCAUCUGUUCAGAUCUGAUCAGAUUAGCUGGGUCUGGAUCAUCUCGAUGCUCUGGCAGAGUUGAAAUCUUUCACAAUAACAUCUGGGGAACAGUCUCUGAUUCCAACUGGAACUUAAAUGAUGCUGAGGUGGUUUGCAGACAGUUAAACUGUGGGGCGGCACUAGAAGCUACUCAAUCAUCUAAAUUUGGUGACAUCAGAUUAACUGGACCUGGAUCAACUCGAUGUUCUGGCAGAAUUGAAGUUUAUCACAAUAACAGCUGGGGAACAGUCUGUGAUGAUGGCUGGGACUUAAAUGAUGCUCACGUGGUCUGCAGACAAUUAAACUGUGGGUCGGCACUCGGGGCUCUUCAAUUAGCUCACUUCGGUCAAGGAACUGGACAGAUUUGGCUUGAUGAUGUGGGCUGUUCAGGAAAUGAAAGUUCGCUAACUACAUGUGUACACAAUGAAUUUGGAUCACACAACUGUGAUCACAGGGAGGAUGCUGGUGUCAUCUGUUCAGUUCUUGUCAUUUAACUGAUAGGUCCGAUCAGAUUAGCUGGGCCUGGAUCAACUCGAUGUUCUGGCAGAGUUGAAGUUUAUCACAAUAACAGCUGGGGAACAGUCUGUGAUGAUGGCUGGGACUUAAAUGAUGCUCAGGUGGUUUGCAGACAGUUAAACUGUGGGUCGGCACUGGAAGUUCCUCCAUCAGCUCACUUUGGUGCAGGAACUGGACAGAUUUGGCUUGAUAAUGUGGCUUGUUCGGGAAAUGAACGUUCUCUAGCUGAGUGUCAACACAAUGGAUUUGGAACAAACCGCUGUGGACAUCGUCAGGAUGCUGCUGUCAUCUGUUCAGGUCCAGUCAGAUUAGCUGGGCCUGGAUCAACUCGAUGUUCUGGCAGAAUUGAAGUUUAUCACAAUAACAUCUGGGGAACAGUCUGUGAUGAUGGCUGGGACUUAAAUGAUGCUGAGGUGGUUUGCAGACAGUUAAACUGUGGGUCCGCACUGGAAGUUCCUCAAUCAGCUCACUUUGGUGCAGGAACUGGACAGAUCUGGCUUGAUGAUGUGACCUGUUCAGGAAGUGAAAGUUCUCUAGCUGAGUGUCAACACAGUGGAUUUGGAACACACAACUGUGGACAUUUUGAGGAUGCUGGUGUCAUCUGUUCAGUUCUUGUCAUUUAACUGAUAGGUCUGAUCAGAUUAGCUGGGCCUCGAUCAACUCAAUGCUCUGGCAGGGUUGAAGUUUAUCACAAUAACAGCUGGGGAACAGUCUGUGAUGAUGGCUGGGACUUAAAUGAUGCUCAGGUGGUUUGCAGACAGAUAAACUGUGGGUCAGCACUGGAAGCUCCUCAAUCAGCUCACUUUGGUGCAGGAACUGGACAGAUUUGGCUUGAUGAUGUGGCCUGUUUAGGAAAUGAAAGUUCUCUAACUGAGUGUCAACACAGUGAAUUUGGAUCACACAACUGUGGACAUAGUGAGGAUGCUGGUGUUAUCUGUUCAGCAUGUGGUAGGAUUGUGAAAAACACAGGAAGUUUGCCCUGGCAGGUCAUUAUAGACCCACGUGGAGAGUUUUGGUGUGAAGGGUCUCUGAUUACCAACCAGUGGGUGCUGACAGCUGCUUCCUGUAUAUCACAUGAUAAACUCAGCAAUAAAGUAGUCCAUCUGGGCCAGCACAUUCAGUCAGCUUUCAGUCAAAAUGUGGUGAUUCGG